AUGGUUACAUCUUCGAAUGAUCUUUAUAAUCGCAAUUUCGGCGGCAAGCUGAAGCUGAAAGGCCUAAAAGGUAAAGGGCUACGACAGAAACGCACGUCUACUGAAGAUACCGCUUCUCAUCGUAAGGAUACAGGCUCAGCUGCUGUACGGGAAGUUGAAGGAUCAGGUCGGAUAGUCUCUUCUGGGAACACGAUCCAAGGUUUUGGAACAAAAUUUACCGAGGAGGUUGCUAUAGGUGAUACGAUUACUGUAAAACAUCCUCUCUCGAAUGCAAAUGAGGAACGUAAGGUAGAUAUUAUACUGAGUAAUCGCGCAUUAUGCCUAAACGAUGCUUUCAGUAGCGACCUCAUCACCACCAGUGUUUAUGUUAUACGUAAAAAAGAGCCGGAGGGUGACUCCGCGCAAGAUGAAGGUUUACCAAAGGUAGAAACCAAGAAAACAUCGACUAUAACACUACGGGAGAAAACUGGCAUGUGGAGCUACAAAACUACUACCAAAGUGGUGAAGGCGGAGAUGAGCGCCGAGGAUCGAUUGAAUGAACGCGUCAAACACAGCCGCGAUAAAUACUGUUGGUAG